GAAACGCACCUUCAGUUUGGACAGCAGUCGUAGGCACACACACAGGCGGCAUCGAGCACAAACCAAACCAUUUCCUGCAUAUGAGAAUCACCAAUUGUUGAAGAUGCGUUCCACAGUUACUAGAGAGUGGAAAGCUACUCUACUAUGGUUUUUAGCAUCUUCUCACUUUCUGUCCCGAGUUUAUUCCCUGACGAGUAUUUACGACCCUGAAGAAGAUAAGGUUGUGGAGCUUUUCACCGAGGAAGACCAACAGGGCGAGAGCAGAACCCUGUACUGGCACACACCAGCGCUUUCAGAAGACUGGAGGAGUCUCAGGCAGAGUGGAGUGUGGAUUUAUUACAGCGAAGAGGCCUACGGAGGCGAAAAUGUGACGGUGGUCUUCGGAGAUGGCGUUGCUAUCAAUAUCUUCCAUCCUGUGAGAUCAGUUCGGUAUGCAGGUAAUACCAGAAGCAGCACUCUGCCGGCCCUUUUGCUAUAUAAGGAGACCUGGUUCCGAGGAUCUGAAUACUACAUAGAGGCUGAGGACGGAGACGCUCUGGUCAUGAUUCCGAACUUCCGUGACCUGGGAACGAACGCUGAGUCUAUGAUCCUCGUUGGCUCCGAGUGGACCACUUUCCCACAAGAGAACUUCUGCGGUGGCAGUUGCUGGUGCCUCCGACCCACUCACUUCGCCAUCACUUCCGGGGACGAAAAGGAGAUCAUGAAGGCGUCCUUCUACCCGAACCUCACCGCCACCGUCGAGGGGUCUUCUGUAGGAAGUGCUAUGCUGUCCUGCGAGGACGUGCCCAUGAAGGAAUUCUGUCGCAGUUUGGACGAAGAGGCGACCAACAGGAGCCAAUGCCCCGUGCUCACCAACGGCCGGGUGGAGUACUGCAACAACCGAUAGGAACGAUUAACAUAUUCAUAGGGGAGAGACAGUUCCCAAGUUGACAGCCAGCGAAAGAGAGAAAGAUGGAUGAGGGGCGUUGUGCAUCUGAUAGGGGAAGGGAGCCCUGUUGCAAAAAGGCUCUCGGGACCAAGAUCUGGGAGAAGAAGAAUUCUGUUUCAUCAAGAUUAUACUCGAAGUUCGGUACAGUGCUCGUGAAAUGAUGACCCCACCUCUCUCUCUCUCUCUCUCUCUCUAUUGUCAAACUGGGCAGAAUUGUCUAAAUGGGAUUGCCCGUCUAAAAUAUCUAUCUGUUUAUUGACCUGUAAAAGAAUUAAAACAGCAAUAUGGGCAUUUUUAACGAAGUUGUGUCACUUCCAUUUUAACCCGAGCGAUGCUUUGCUUUACGGGACAAGCAGUUAAUUACCACUGGCAGAACUAAUUACACUAGAAGUCUGUCUUCGAGUCAACUAUGCCUGCGUGUCUAUUUCCUCAAAUAAGCAAGCAUUAAUAAGGCCGUGUGCAAGUCUAUACCUACCUUCACCAUCUGUUUUUGAGUCUACAGACCUUAUUUGCACAAACUCCAUUUUCUCCUCACUUGCAAACGUCUGAAAGAGACGGAUCACAGAUUUUACGAACAAGUCAAAACGCAUUUCCUCGAGAAUUCGCGUUUAAGAGUCACGAUGACCUGGGAGCGGGAGGUGUGUAUCGAAAUGUAUACCGACCGAUUCGUCUCAUUGAAAGCGUUCUGAAUAUUUAAGGAGUGAAGUACUUUAUUUUUUUAUAUGCAGCUCGUAAUGAAUUUCAUAAGUCGUGCUGCUACAGCUUUUAAAGUCUGCAAAUAAAAGCAGAGGC